UAUGGCAUUUCAUUGGUAUAUACAUGCACUACAUAUACAUGUUUACAUGGUAGUUUAUUAAUCAGAGUAUUGUCUUAAUCGGGUUAAUAGUGGAGUAUUGUUGUCCAUGUAAACGCACUGAUUGACUCCCUUCCAUACAGACAGCAAUACACGAUGACAUCACGACCUAUGACAUCAAAUUCUAAAUUACAAAUUUGUUUUGAUUCAAACCGGUCAGUGAUCAUUGUUGUCCACAAAACCUGAGAAGACGCACACAGCCCAACCAGGAGACCAAAUUGUUGUGGAAAUCAUCAAGAAAAAACACUCACAGACCUCUGAAGUCCUCUGAAGAUCUUUUUAGCUGAUAUGGAAAACACUGAUGCAACUUUUGGCACCUUCAUCAACCCCAACUACUUCCCUGGCAAGUUGUGGCGUUUGGUGAACGAUCCCCAGAUUUGCUCAGUCUGGUGGGACGACAGCGGGGAAGGGAUACUUGUUCAUCAGGAAACAUUCGAAGCCGAAGUGCUAUUGUCCCAACCCACGCAUUUGUCUGAGUACUUCAGGACGACUGACUUCAUAAGUUUCGUUCGCCAGCUGAACCUGUACGGCUUCAAAAAACAACGCAUGAACAUCUCGGACAAGCAGUCGAACAACUCUCCGAUUAAAGCCCAACUGCACCAUUUUCAAAACCCGCACUUCAAACGGGAUAAGCCUGAGCUCCUGCUCGAUAUAAAGCGACGCACGCCUCUCAAUAAGGCCAAGCUCGCCGGCUUAAAGGUGACCAGCAGGACGCCCAGACGUUUCCAUCACGUGAUGCAGAAUUCAGCACAGGAAACCUCUGGCUUAAUGAGCACAGGUUCAGUCUUGCUUGAACAUCAGGGAACCCCUUACCACCAUCCCUGUAAUGUCCCUCAGCAGGAGCAGAGGAGCAACACACCUCAUCACUCACAGUACGGGUUUUACACACCAGAAAUGAAUGCUUUAUUAACCUUCAAUGUUUCCCACCCCCAGUGUAUCAGUGCAGUAGCCCAGACGUCUUGGAUUCAACAGUGCCAUGCUUUCAACAACCCGCUGCUUCCUACUCUCCUGGUGACUAUUACCCUGUAA